GCCGAAAGCGUACGCCGUACACUGUUUGUUUUUUUUUUCGGGUAAUCUCGAUCCGCACACACAGUUUUUCACUCAUGAAAAUGUCCUUUAAUUCCAACGAUCACUGGGAUACUAAUACAGGUGGUGACUUUCCUCCGAAUUAUCCCAACGAAUUGGCGAGUUACGGCGGCAUCUGGGAUCCUCACCAUUGUCUUGGCGGUCAGAAUCCUGCAAUUUCCGGUUAUCCCGAGAUCCUGACCGCAUUCAACCCCGACAUUGCUUGGCCGAGGCAGCAGUGCGGCGGCAUGGUUUCCAACAGGAUGUCCAGAAGCGGAAGUAGCUCCAGCAGUCAGAAGAAGACAAGACGUCGCGUUGCGACUAUUGCCCAAAGACGUGCUGCGAACAUCCGCGAACGAAGGAGGAUGUUCAAUUUGAACGAAGCUUUCGAUAAACUUAGACGAAAGGUGCCUACGUUUGCAUACGAAAAACGUCUGUCGCGCAUCGAAACUUUGAGAUUGGCCAUCACCUACAUCAGUUUCAUGGCCGAAUUGCUGCACGGUCACACGCCUGAACACAAGAAUUCGGAUGGGUAUUCUCAAAGAGAAUACGUGCCCUAUGGAAUCAUCAAUUGAACUUCUAUUUAUAUUUUCUUCUGAACGUGUCUAGUCUUCCAUUUUGUGAUAUGUGUAUUAUAAAUUGAUAUUUAU